AUGGCGUCCGGACGCAAGGAUUUUCUUAGCCAGCAGGCACCGGAGAACUAUGUCGCUGGUCUGGGCCGUGGUGCGACAGGUUUCACCACGCGCUCUGACCUGGGACCUGCGCGCGAAGGCCCGACACCUGAACAGAUCCAGGCUGCGUUAACGAAACGAGCUGCCGCGCUCGGAGCUGCUGCGCCCACUGCUUACGGAGAUAAGUCGCGUGAGAAGGGAGGAAAAGAAGAAAAGGAAGAAGAGGACGAUGAACGUUUCCAGGAUCCCGACAAUGAGACCGGUCUGUUUGCCUACGGGCAAUUCGACCAGGAGGACGAUGAGGCGGAUCGCAUCUACCAAGAGGUAGACGAAAAGAUGGACAGACGCCGGAAACUUCGAAGGGAAGCCCGAGAGCAACAAGAACGCGAAGACUACGAACGAAAAAAUCCAAAGAUUCAACAGCAAUUUGCCGAUUUGAAGCGCUCCCUCGCAGCGGUGUCCGAGGACGACUGGGCCAACCUUCCCGAAGUUGGUGACUUGACGGGCAAGAACAGACGAGAGAAACAGAACAGUCGUCAGAGGUUCUACGCCGUGCCGGACAGUGUCAUUGCAGGUGCCCGGGACUCAGCACAGUUCGACACAACCGUUGCCGACGACGGUGGUGCGGCCGAUGGAGAUGCAGAUGGCACUAUGACAAACUUUGCAGAUAUCGGUGCUGCGCGUGACAAGGUGCUGAAAGUCAGAUUAGACCAGGCUGCGCUCGGAUCAACCGCAGAGGUCUCGGGGAGUGCCACCAGUAUCGAUCCCAAGGGUUAUCUCACUAGUCUGACCAAAUCGGAAGCCAAGGCCGGAGAGGUCGAGGUGGGCGAUAUCAAGCGAGUUCGAGUCUUGCUGGAAUCCGUCACCAAAACAAACCCCAAACAUGCCCCCGGGUGGAUUGCUCUUGCGCGUCUUGAGGAGCUUGCAGGCCGAAUUGUUGCAGCCAGAAAUAUCAUCGCUAAAGGAUGCGAGCUUUGCCCGAAGAGCGAAGAUGCAUGGAUGGAGAAUAUCCGUCUGAACGAAGGCCACAACGCAAAGGUUAUUGCGGCGAAUGCUAUCAAGAAUAACGAUCGCUCUACGGGACUCUGGAUCGAGGCCAUGAAAUUGGAAACAGAUUCACGGGCCAAGAAGAACGUGCUUAGGCAAGCUAUUCUGCACAUUCCUCAAUCAGUUCAAAUCUGGAAAGAAGCUGUCAAUUUGGAAGAAGACCCCGCUGAUGCACGCCUUUUGCUGGCAAAGGCUGUGGAGAUGAUUCCUUUGUCUGUGGAGUUAUGGUUGGCUCUUGCUCGACUUGAGACACCCGAAAAUGCUCAAAAGGUCUUGAACGCCGCACGCAAGGCCGUUCCCACCAGUCAUGAAAUUUGGAUUGCUGCUGCUCGUCUUCAAGAACAGAUGGGUACCUUUGAGAAGGUCAAUGUUAUGAAGCGUGCCGUCCAGUCCCUCGCCAGAGAGAACGCUAUGUUGAAGCGGGAGGAAUGGAUUGAAGAGGCUCAGCGAUGCGAGGAAGAAGGCGCCAUCCUCACCUGUGGCGGUAUCAUUCGAGAGACGUUAGGAUGGGCCGACCUGGAGCGAAACCAUGGCGACAAGGAAGCUCUCUGGCAAGUUCUUGAGAAAGCCGUUGAAGCAUGCCCUCAGAGCGAGGAGCUUUGGUUGCAACUCGCAAAGGAGAAAUGGCAGUCUGGUGAAAUCGACGAUGCCCGACGAGUCCUCGGCCGUGCCUUCAACCAGAACCCUAACAACGAAGAUAUCUGGCUUGCUGCCGUCAAGCUCGAGGCAGAUGCCCAACAGACCGACCAGGCACGAGAACUACUGGCUACUGCUCGUCGUGAAGCCGGCACGGAUCGCGUGUGGGUCAAGAGUGUUGCUUUUGAGCGGCAGUUGGGCAAUGUCGACGACGCAUUGGAUCUCGUCAACCAGGGUCUCCAGCUGUAUCCCAAGGCAGACAAGCUCUGGAUGAUGAAGGGCCAAAUUUACGAGGCUCAAAAUAAGUUCCCACAGGCCCGCGAGGCUUACGGAACCGGCACCAGAGCUUGCCCCAAGUCCGUCCCGCUUUGGCUGUUGGCAUCUCGAUUGGAAGAGAAGGCAGGUGCCGUCGUUCGUGCACGCUCCGUUCUUGACCGAGCUCGUCUUGCGGUCCCCAAGAGCGCUGAACUCUGGACAGAAAGUGUGCGUGUGGAACGUCGCGCAAACAACAUCGCUCAGGCCAAGGUAUUGAUGGCGCGGGCUUUGCAGGAGGCUCCUGCAUCCGGGUUGCUCUGGAGCGAGAGUAUCUGGCACCUCGAGCCGCGGGCUCAGCGCAAGGCUCGUAGCUUGGAGGCGAUUAAGAAGGUGGACAACGAUCCGAUUUUAUUUAUCACGGUGGCACGCAUCUUCUGGGGCGAGCGUCGACUAGAGAAGGCAAUGACCUGGUUCGAAAAGGCGAUCGUCUCGGACAGCGAUUACGGGGAUGGCUGGGCUUGGUACUACAAGUUCCUUUUGCAGCACGGAACAGAGGUUCGUCACUUGUUCAAUCGCAAUUAUGAGGCGUUUGCUAACACUCUUGUCCAGGAAAAACGAUCCGACGUUAUUACCAAGUGCAUUUCAAUGGAGCCCAGGCACGGCGAGGUCUGGCAGUCUGUGGCUAAGGACCCGGCCAACGCGCACAAGUCCACGGAGGAGAUCUUGAAGCUCGUUGCAAAUAUUAUUAACUAA